GUCCGUGAUGAGCAUCACCGGCAAGGGGACCGUUGCCACCGGCCGCAUCGAGCGGGGGAGGGUGAAGUCUGGCGACACCGUAGAGAUAGUCGGGGUGAAGGACAAGCCCACCAAGGCGCAGGUCGUCGGCAUAGAGAUGUUCCACAAGACACUGGACGAGGGCCAGUCGGGGGACCAGUGUGGAAUAAUGCUCAAGGGCGUUAAGAAGAACGACGUUGUGCGCGGCCAGGUUGUUGCCGUACCAGGCUCCAUUAAGACGUUCAGCAACUUCGAUGCUGAUGUCUAUGUGCUGAAGGAGGACGAGGGUGGCCGGAAGAAGCCCUUCUUCACAAACUACAGACCGCAGGCUUUCAUCCGCACCGGGACUGUGACCGUGGAGGUGAGGCUGCCCGAGAACGUCGAGAUGGCGAUGCCUGGCGACUCCCUGUCCAUCAGCGGGGGCC